AGCUUCUCUCGCUUGCUUUCCUUACAGUAUUUUUAAAUCCUACGGACAAAAGGAGGUCUUUUUAGUUGAGAAUGUAUUUCUUUUAAAGGUCCAACAAUCCCUAUAGUGUUGGUUAGUGUUGAAAAUGAGAAAAUAGCUUGGGCCGAAAGGUGGUAGAGAGCGCGACUGGAGCGUGCGGUGGGCUCCGGGUCAGAGGUAGAGAAGAAGGAUUAGGGACACAUGCUUUGUAGAUCUGUACCUGAACCUCACGACAGGGCUUUAAGGACCUCUGCCUAAUCAUGGAUCAAACAUGCUAGGAAAGAGAACUGGUGGGCUCGGUACACUAGGUUUCAGUAUCCCCCGGGUCUUGAGCAAACAGCGAGUUAGAAAGGUUUCCUUGGUGGCUUUUCUGGGUGCGGACCCUGCGCCUCCCCGCAGAGCAGUCGCGUAGGCAAGAGGGGCGCAGGAGACCCAAGGGAAGGGGCCGAAAGCCGCCUGAUUGACAGCCCGAAAUCUGAUCUUGUGAAAGAGACGUGGAGCCAAUGGGAGGCAGCGAUCCAUCAGUUUGGAUUGGAGGCCCCUGGAGGAGAAGUAGAGGAAAAACCACCGAAUUGAGAUCGGUCAGAGGCGCUUUCGGCUUCCAAGGGGAAGUGCUGGGCAAUAAUUAAUGUUUUUAUUAAAUUUGGAGGGAAUUUUUUGCAGCCGUUCGCCUAGCGUGGCCUUCAGGUUGAUAGAAGUCCAGAUCCCGACGAAAUCUCCAGCUAAAUGCUCAGAAUAUAAAACACUGAGCUAAUAUUUGCGAAGAGCGGCAAAAUGGAUGGAUUUUAUGACCAGCAAGUGCCUUACGUGGUCACCAACAGUCAGCGUGGGAGAAAUUGUAACGAGAAACCAACAAAUGUCAGGAAAAGAAAAUUCAUUAACAGAGAUCUGGCUCAUGAUUCAGAAGAACUCUUUCAGGAUCUGAGUCAGUUACAAGAAACAUGGCUUGCUGAAGCUCAGGUACCUGACAAUGAUGAGCAGUUUGUGCCAGACUAUCAGGCUGAAAGUUUGGCUUUUCAUGGCCUACCACUGAAAAUCAAGAAAGAACCCCACAGCCCAUGUUCAGAACUCGGGUCUGCCUGCAGUCAAGAGCAGCCCUUUAAAUUCAGCUAUGGAGAAAAGUGCCUGUACAGUGUCAGUGCCUAUGAUCAGAAGCCACACGUGGGAAUGAGGCCCUCCAACCCCCCGACGCCAUCCAGUACUCCAGUGUCCCCACUACAUCAUGCAUCUCCAAACACAGCUCAUACUCCAAAACCUGACCGGGCCUUCCCAGCUCACCUCUCUUCUUCUCAGUCCAUACCAGACAGCACCUACCCCAUGGACCACAGAUUUCGUCGCCAGCUUUCUGAACCCUGUAAUUCUUUCCCUCCUUUGCCGACAUUGCCAAGGGAAGGGCGUCCUAUGUACCAACGCCAGAUGUCUGAGCCAAACAUCCCCUUCCCACCUCAAGGCUUUAAGCAGGAGUAUCACGACCCAGUCUAUGAACAUAACACUAUGGUUGGAGGUGCAGCCAGCCAAAGCUUCCCCACUCCUCUGAUGAUCAAACAGGAACCCAGAGACUUUGCAUAUGAUUCAGAAGUGCCUAGCUGCCACUCCAUUUAUAUGAGGCAAGAAGGCUUCCUGGCUCAUUCAAGCAGAACAGAAGGCUGCAUGUUUGAGAAGGGCCCCAGGCAGUUCUAUGAUGACACCUGUGUUGUUCCAGAGAAGUUUGAUGGGGACAUUAAGCAAGAACCAGGAAUGUACCGGGAAGGACCCACAUACCAGAGGCGAGGAUCCCUUCAGCUUUGGCAGUUUUUGGUAGCUCUUCUGGACGACCCUUCAAACUCUCAUUUCAUUGCCUGGACUGGACGAGGCAUGGAAUUCAAACUGAUUGAGCCUGAAGAGGUGGCCCGGCGUUGGGGCAUUCAAAAGAACAGGCCAGCUAUGAACUAUGACAAACUUAGCCGUUCUCUUCGCUAUUAUUAUGAGAAGGGGAUCAUGCAAAAGGUGGCUGGAGAGAGAUAUGUCUACAAAUUUGUGUGUGACCCGGAAGCCCUUUUCUCAAUGGCCUUUCCGGAUAACCAGCGCCCACUGCUGAAGACGGACAUGGAACGUCACAUCAAUGAGGAGGACACGGUGCCUCUGUCUCACUUUGAUGAGAGCAUGGCCUACAUGCCAGAAGGGGGUUGCUGCAACCCCCACCCCUACAACGAAGGCUACGUGUACUAAAAUGAGUGACAGUCAAGCAGAGCACCUCACGCUUCUCAUCUUUUUUUCAAGAUAGAGAGAAUCAACAAAUUCUCUUCAAUCUUUGUUUUAUUUUUGUUGUUUAUAUUUUAUUUUUUAAAUAAUAAUACAAAAGGGGGCUUUUCUUGUUGCAUUAUUCUAUGGUCUGCCAUGGACUGCGCACUUUAUUUGAGGGUGGGUGGGAGUUAUCUGGACAUUGAUUCUUUGUAAGAGGAAGAUGGUGGGUGAAUGGGCAGAGGGAACUGGGGAAUUCCUUUUUACUUAGGCUUGGGAUGGGGUCCUACGGGUUUUCUGUAUGAUGAAGCUAUAUCAUGUUUGGUCAAUUUCAUUAUAACAUAAGAUAAUUUUCUCGGUAUCUAUGGUACAUUUGAUUUCACAUUGUGUAAAUAUCUACUUGGAGACUAUUUGCCUUGGGCAUUUCCCCAUCAUUACUGAAGUCUUUUCAGGUGUACAAAAGUCUACUGUAAAUGGCAGUUUAAUGUUAGAAAUGACUCUUUUUGCACCUCUUGUAAAAAAAAAAAAAAAA